AUGAGCGGUUGCAAGGAGCACAAGAAAUUUCUUCAUUCAUCACAUCAGAUGCGUCGUAAGCAAGAACGUUUUUGUCGUGGGGUUUAUGGAAGUACUCCUGCUCGUUUGCCACGUCAAAUCGUUGAAGCUCUUCCAGCCCAAGUCUUUCCAAUUCAGAGUCUCGAUGGUCGUGAGCAAAUCAAAGUGGAUAAAAAGCAAAUCGUUACACAACAGAACCUAGGUCCGGCCACCGCCGUUAUCAACCAGAAAAAAAAAUCGGGUAGUUAU